AGUCCCGCUACAACCGAAGGUUCUCUCUUUACUACGGCCCAAUCGUGUCCGCCCAGCUCCCUUCACCAUCUUUCCCCAGAAAAACCUUUCUUUAUUUCUUUCUCCGACGGAAAUCAAGCCGUGAAGCUUUAUGUCACCAUGAUUUCCGUUCUUGCUCAGGAACGACUGCUUGGUUUUGCAUUGGGGAGCGUGUUCGCCGGGGUUGUUGUUUUUGAGCAACGGAAAAGCUUAUACCAAUCCAUUUCCGAAAACUAUCCACCAGCUACCCAAUCUCCAGUAAGCAUGAGAAAACCUGUGCUAGCAAAGAAGUAUGGCCCAGAGUUUUCACACCUAUGGAAUAGAGCUGUAGACCAGACGUUUGGACCCGUGAUUCAGGCACUCAGUUCACGGGGAUGGUGAUAUGUUGAGAAUGGUUUCUUUCAUCAAUGUGUCUAAUAUCAAUUUGUGAAACAUGUAAGGAAACAGAAUUUUAAAUUACUAGUUUUAACAUUCUGGAUUAUCAAAGAAUUUAUGUUAUGUCCGUGAAUCAAACUCCAGAGCCAUGAGCUUUAGGCCUUUAAAGCAAUAAAACUGCUCUUUUUCUUAA